UUUGUAUUUGAACAAAUCGUAACAAAAAUUGAAAAUCGAAAACCAUGAACUUUAACAAAUAUUUUGCUAUUUUUGUCAUUGCGACCUUGUGCCUGUUGGGUCAACAGGCUGCCAAGGCUCAUAGUAUUUUUGGAGAUUUAAAAAAGGAUGUGGAAAGGGAUGCCCAUAAAGUGGGUGCUAAAUUGGAUAAUAUUGGCGAUAAAGUGGUAGAUGAUGUUCAUGAAACUGGUGCCAAAUUGGUCAAUAUUGGUGAUAAAGCGGAAGGAGUGGUUCACGAAACUGGUGCAAAGUUGGUUAAUAUUGGUGACAAAGUGGAAACCAAAACUCAUGAAGUGGGUACUAAACUGGAAAAUGAUGGCAACAAAGUGGUAAAGACGGCCAAGAAAGCUUACAAGGUCUACAAAAUCGCUAAAACCGUUCAAACAGCUGGCAAGGUUAUAGGAGCCGUUGGUACCGUUGUUGGUGUAAUUCGAGAUGCUUAAACAUUUUCUUCUUUAAAUAUGAAGUUGUUACUGAAGUUUAUUUUUAAAUAAACAAAAUAAUAUGAUUAUUG